AUGCCUAAAAGGAAGUGCCGCUUCAACAACGAUUACACACGACAGUGGUCAUUCGUCAAGAAGGGUCGCAAUGAUUACGAGGCAUACUGCUGUAUUUGUAGCCGCUAUAUCGCCGUAAGCCACUCCGGGAAGUCGAGCAUACGUGACCACGUAAAGACACGCAGGCAUCAGUCUUUUACGGUAUCUGAAGACAAUCCAAAGCACGUAGCGAUAAAUACACCCAAAGAAAAGUUUCUAAUUGACAACGAAAACGACUUGAUAAGCGCAGCAGAGUUGACCACUGCUUACAAGAUAGUGCGUCAUCACCAGUCAUUCAAAUCGCUUGACUGCAACACCAAGCUGAGUGUUUUGAUGUACCCGGAUUCGAACAUAGCAGCCAGACAGUCAGCAGCACGGACCAAGGCCACGGCUAUCAUCAAAAGAAUCUUGGCACCGCAUUCUAUUCAACAAAUUCAGCAUGAUCUGGACCACGACGUUCAAUUUUGUGGCAUUAUGACUGACUCAAGCUGCUACAAAUCCGACGUUCAACCAGCUCCAGAUGUUGUUUUCUUGAAAAAUUUCUUUGAAAACCCAUUGGCUGAAUUGUACAUCGUUUUUUUGUCGACUCAGCUGAUGAUGAUGCAACGGCAAAUUAGGAGGAUUGAACAGAGUAAGAUGACGAUUGUCGAAGUUAAGAGGCAAUUAGGUGAGGUUAGAUUGCGAUUAACGGAACGCAAAAAAAAUAAAGUCUAUGGAAAACGGACGAAGCAAGUUUAUAGAAAGCUGAGAAGAUUAGCAGGUUUUGAAGAAGAGAUAAAGGUUUUUGAUAACGAAGUUGAGAGUUUUUUUGAGACUGCCGUCAACUAUCUGGAUGAUUGGCUUAGACCGCUGGAAAAGUACGAAAUUUUUAUGUGGAUGGACCUGGACAAGGCACCAAAUGUUGAAGAAGUGGCGAGGACUGUGGGUUACUUGUCAGAACGUGGGGUUGAGGUUAGUGAUGAGUACGAAAGUGAGGUAGCAUGUUUGAGGGGAUUCGUCGAGAAAAUGGCCGGUGUGGCGCAUUGGACGUCCUCAAAACGUCUUGGAGACCUCAUUUUGAUCAAAAUUCUGACGUCUAAAUCUUAA